AUGACCGAUAAACUUCCACCAAAUCUCCUCGCGCUUUUCGCGCCUCGACCCCCUUUGCGAUGGGUUCCGCCUUCAGACCAUGCUCCGGAAAAUCGCAAAACUCCUGCUGUGAGCGGUCUUGCUGCGUAUCUCCCGGCUCUUAAGGAAUAUAAGGAGACCGAUCAAUAUACACCCACAGAGAGCUGGCUUCAGAGAAAGGACCGUGUCACACAGGAGAAGAAGGCCGCACACGAAAAGAUCAUUCAGGAAGCCCCAAAAACAUUCAAACCAUCAGAGGACCCUAACAUUCGUGGUGAUGCCUUCAAAACACUUAUUGUUAGUCGACUAGAUUAUGAAGCUACUGAGAAGGACUUGGAGCGCGAGUUCGGUCGAUUCGGACCUAUUGAAAGAAUUCGCAUAGUUGUCGAUACCCACCAACAUGAAAAGCCUGGAAAGAAGGUCAAAAAGCAUCGCGGUUACGCAUUUGUUGUUUUCGAGCGAGAGAAGGACAUGAGAGGUAAAGCCGAGCACACCCUAUACCCCCCAUACACCAAUGGCAUUGUUGCGCAAUUGGCACACAGAUUUGGUGUUUCCACUUUCUUGUCUUUAAUCAAGGAUCGUCGAAUCAAGGUAGACGUCGAGAGAGGUCGAACUGUGAAAGGCUGGCUACCACGCCGUCUCGGAGGAGGACUUGGAGGUCGUGGAUACACGAAGACUGCCAGUUCACGACCCAUGGGUCCUGGUGGGUUCAAUGGCCCUCCUGGAGGCCCCGGUGGCUUCCGAGGCGGCUUCCGAGGCGGUUUCGAGGGUGGUAGAGGUCGUGGCGGCUUCAGAGGAGGUUUCGAUCGAGGUGGAUUUGGCGGUGGUGGUGGUGGUGGUGGACGAGGAGGAAUUGGCUACCAAGGCCGCGGAAGCUUUGGUGACAGAGGUGACCGUGGUGGGUAUGGAGGCUCUAAUGGCUAUGCUCCCCCAAAUGCACCAGCUGGCCCAGGAGGUGGUGGUCGGGGAGGUUUUGGUGGUGGCGGCGGUUAUGGUGGAAGAGGAGGUGGAGGCUUCGGUGCAGGAUCUCCAGAUCGUAAUGGCCCCGGGGGACCAAGUGGUGGGUAUGAAUCUCGUGGAGGCCGCUCAUAUGAUGACAGAUCUGGAGGAUAUCGUGGCAACAGCAACCGUGGUUAUGGUGAUCGAGAUGGAGGUCCUCCUCGCGGAGGCAGUGGCAGCAAUAUGGAGCCGGUAAGACCCCGAGACGGUAGUGGAUACCGUGAUAGAGAUGGACCCAGAGACGGACCCAGAGAUGGAGGAUACGGCGGUCGACCACGCGAAGACGAUUCACGAAAGAGACCUUAUGACAGUAAUGGCUAUGAGGAGGAUCCUCGCAAAUUACGAAGGUAUUAG